GCAGCGUGCUCUCACCGGAGGUGAGAGAUCUGCAGGACUGGUGUGUUUGCAGGAGGUUGGAGUGCAAGAAGUGGCAGAGUGCGCGGAGUUGCUGUCCUUGCAACCUCGUUGUUGCAGGAAAAAGGGGGAGAAAAACUUCCCGUGCCUUCUUGGCAAAUCAGGAGGCUUUGUUGGUGGCGCCGGGGUGGUUUUAAUGCAUUUUUGUGCGUGAGGUUAUUACAUAAGGUUGAUAAUUUCUGUUGCUGCUGGAUUUCCCCUCCUCCCCCCUCCCCCUUUGUGUUGUGUGCGGAUUUCGCUGGCUCGCUUUGAGUGAAUGAACUGGCGAUUUGCGAAGUUGCAAAGAGCCCCUCCGCCCCCUUUUUUUUUUUUUUUUUUGCAUCCUUCUCCUCUCCCCUUUGCACUGCUCCGCAGAUGACAAAAGGAGUAAACUUCCUCUACUUUUGCUGGCACAUUAAGAAGCCUUUCUGGAGCGAUUACGGUAUCAAAGCCAUGCAUCUGUCUGCAGUUACUGUGCUGUUUUGAGCGUUUGAAGCGGUUUGGGGAGAGCAGGCGAGGGCUAUGUGCACAGGCUGUGCAUCCCCGCUGGACUGUGCAGCCUGGGUUUGUGUCCCCACGGAGCGGCGGGGCAGGCUCCGCACCGGGGAAUACCUGAGCGCUUUGAUUUCGGUGUCUUGAGUCGGGAGGAAAAAGUUUCAGGUGGGAGAACCUCUCUUCUUCCCCUUAGUGGAAAUACCCAUAAAACCUGUGUUUGAAACUACUGUUCGACUCAAAUCAGCAAAAAGAGACCCGUAAUGCCAGGAAUGGUCAGUAAAAACUCAGACCUCGAGUUUGACUCUUUGCAGCCCUGUUUCUACCCGGACGAAGAUGACUUUUAUUUGUGCGGGCCGGACUCCGCUCCCCCCGGCGAGGACAUCUGGAAAAAGUUUGAGCUGCUGCCCACCCCUCCUCUGUCUCCCAGCCGGGCCGGGCUCCAGGAGCACCCUCCGGGAGGGGGCCCGGUGCCCUGGGGAGGGGCGGCUCUCUGGGGCUGCCGCCCCACCGACCCCGUGGACUGGGCAUCGGAGCUGCUCCUGCUGCCCCCCGAGGCCGACCUGUGGGGCGGCGUGGACGGAGGAGACUUCUUCGAGACGGGCCCCGGCGUGACGAACAAUCUCAACUCCAUCAUCAUCCAGGACUGCAUGUGGAGCGGCUUCUCGGCGCGCGAGAAGCUGGAGCGGGCGGUGAGCGAGAAGCUGCAGAGCAAGGCGCCCGCCGCGCCGCCGCCGCCCCCGGGGGCCGCGGGCAGCCCCGCCAGCGCCAGCGCCCGCGCCGAGCUGGGCGGCGCCGUGCCCGAGUGCGUGGACCCGGCCGUGGUCUUCCCCUUCCCCGUCAACAAGCGGGAGGCGCCGGCGGCGGGCGGAGGGGCUCCGCGGGGCGGCCGCCCGCCGCGCCCCGCCGGGGACAGCCGGGCGAGCAGCAGCAGCAGCAGCUCCUCCGGGGACGACACGCUCAGCGACUCGGAUGAUGAAGAUGAGGAGGAAGAGGAUGAAGAAGAAGAAAUAGAUGUUGUUACAGUGGAGAAAAGACGCUCCUCUACCAACAAGUCUGUUACCACCCUUACUAUCACAGUGCGUCCUAAAAAUACCACUUUUUCAUCAGUCAGGACACAGCAGAAUGGACUGAUAUUGAAACGUUGUGCCCCAAUUCACCAGCAGCAUAAUUACGCCGCUCCUUCUCCAUUUGUGGAGACUGAAGAGGCUCCACCACAGAAAAAGUUAAAAAUCGAGGUGCCCCGUCCAGUAAAACCCACGAUCCAACCAAAGCCUAAGAGUUCAAGUCCUCGAAACUCUGAUUCAGAGGACAGUGAACGCAGACGCAACCAUAAUAUCCUGGAGCGUCAACGACGUAAUGAUCUACGGUCGAGUUUCCUCACGUUAAGGGACCAUGUUCCAGAACUGGUUCAGAACGACAAAGCCGCAAAAGUUGUGAUCUUGAAAAAAGCCACUGAAUAUGUUCAUUCUCUUCAGGCAGAGGAGCAGAAGUUACUGCUAGAAAAGGAAAAAUUGCAAGCCAGACAAGAACAAUUACUAAAGAAAAUAGAUUACAAGCGGACUUGCUAAACUUUUUUUGUUUGUUUUGUUGUUUUUUUUUUUUUUUUGGCUGAUCAGGACAGUCAUUGCCACUUUGCACAUUUUUGAUUCUUUAUAAAAAAAUUGUGUUUUUUGACGUUAAGAAUGUUGGUUUUAAUUUCAAUCCAGUCCCUGACGUAAUCGACAGACUGUAUUAUCCGGGUACGGAGCAAAUGGAUGUUCUUGCAAGGAGUUUAUUGCAAGACUACCAAACAACAAUGGACUGCCUUUGUGUUUUCUUCUUAAGAACUGUAGAUGGUGGGGAUUUUUUUUUUUAAGUGUUGUGAGCAUUUGGAGCUGCUGAUGACAUCUAGUUGAGUUUUAAAAUGUUCAUUCCUAAGUUUUAUGGUGCUUAUGUUCUAACAGAUGUUACUUUAGGGGUUGGCAUUUUGUACCCCUGUGGGAAUUUCUGUAAAUACCAUCUACACACUUGCCUUUUGUACAUGUCUUGGGUUAUGAGAGGUGGCUUUUGCUGCCAGUAUUAGACUGGAAGUUCAUACCUAAGUACUGUAAUACCUCAAUGUUUGAGGAGCAUGUUUUUGUAUACAAAUAUAUUGUUAAUCUCUGUUAUGUACUGUACUAAUUCUUACAUUGCCUGUAUACUUUAGUAUGAUGCUGAUACAUAACUAAAUUUGAUACUUAUAUUUUCGUAUGAAAAUGAGUUGUGAAAGUUUUGAGUAGAUAUUACUUUAUCACUUUUUUGAACUAAGAAACUUUUGUAAAGAAAUUUACUAUAUAUGCCUUUUCCUAGCCUGUUUCUUCCAGUUAAUGUAUUUGUUAAUGUUUGGUGCAUAGAACUGGGUAACUGCAAAGUUCUGUGUUUAAUUUCUUCCAAUGAUGUACAUUUAGUGCUGCGUCUUAUAGCACUUUGAAAUACCUCAUGUUUAUGAAAAUAAAUAGCAAUUACAUGA